CGUUUUGAAAGCUGCCAGACGCCAUUUUGUGAUUUCAAGAGAGAAAGCCAAUUCUGAUAUCUUAGAAGUUUUCCUAUAAGCUGAAGACGAUUUCAGUUUUGAAAAAGAGUAUUGAGAGAUACAGACUUCAUUUAAAAGAUGCCACCCAGAGACCAAGAGUGAGGAGAAGGGUAGCACCAACAGAUCUGAGGGAUGUUGACCCUGUUCAAGUCAUCCCUGACAUAGUCGCACUACAGCCAAGACGGCGAAAACGUGCACGGGCUGAUAUCACCCAAGUAGCAGCUGAUCAACCCGUUCCACCAGUGACGCAACCAGCAGAAUCACUACCUCAGAUUCCUUCAACACAUCCAUCAGCAGACCAGAUAGCUGCCGCAAUGAUAAGCCAGCUGAAAGAGUCAGGUGUACAACUUACUGUCAAUAACAGAGAACCGGUACCGUUAUCAACAAAUUUUCUGGCAAAUUACUUAACAGAUGGGGAUUCACAUGAGCACAUUGGUAGAAGGGACAUUCGCAACACAGAAACAACACAAAUUGCAGAAAGUCAACGAAUUAAUUCAUCAUACGUAUUGGCACCACCACUGGUAACAGACCCUGAUAUGUUAGCCUACUCAGGACAAGACCCAGUUGGAAGUCCACCCGCUUUAGGCAUUGACAGUUCCACAAUGGGUAACACAGCUUCAUAACCCUUGGGUUUAAUGUUGAGGAGAAAAUAAGGAGAGACAUUUGGUCCGAUGUAUAUUUAGAUUUGAUAAAACUAUCACCAAAUUUUAAUGAGGAGGAAAAUGAUGACAUUUUGUUUAGAACAAAAACUGUUAAAAUUUCAACUACUGCCAAGGCAAAACAGUUUACAAACAUACACAAAUGGACAGCAGCUUUUGAUAUUUUUAUGUCUAUACAUCAUGUAAAAUAUCCUAAUUUAAUUCUCAGUUUGAUCAAGUAUGCUUAUAAUAUUAGAGCCAUGACAAAACAAUUUGGUUUUCACAUGGCUAGGUCAUAUGACGAGGUUUUUCGUAGGGUAUGCAAAGUGAUGAGGCUUGAUUGGUCUGUUGUGAAUGAUGAUUUAUGGCGUACUGCCUUCUAUGAGCAUUUCAAUGGCAGUCAAACCUCAAAUGGUAAUAAUAAUAAUAGACUUAAUAGGCAGGUUGGAACUUCACCCUUUCCAAAACAGGCCCAGCAGCAAAAUAGUCCAUUCCCAAUGGGGUACUGCUGGGCCUACUGCAGAUCAGGAGAAUGUGCCAACAUGGCCACUUGCAGACUCAAACACGAAUGUGUCAGAUGUUCCAAAAACAUGCAACAAUUACAUGAAGGGAAAGGUCUAUAAAAUUCAACAAGUCUGCCUACACCGGUUAGGGUAAAUAAGCUAAACCAUUUUCUUCAGGGAUAUGACAGUCAUCUAAAAUACAGAUUGGUUCAGGGUUUCAAAUUUGGGUUUAAAAUAAAUUCAUCCUUAAUUAAAACUGAUAAAAAUUUUCCUAAGAACCAUAAAAGUGCCAGAGAGAAUCUUGACAUAGUAAAUAAGAAGAUUUCAAAGGAGAUUUUAAAGGGUAGGAUAAGAGGGCCUUUUAAUGACCCACCAUUUGCAAAAUUUCAUUUGCUCACCUUUAGGUCUAGUUCCCAAAAGAGAGGAAGGUUCAUUGCGUCUAAUUCAUGAUUUAUCUUUUCCACAAGAGGACUCUGUUAAUUCUUGGACACAAAUUGAGUUUACUUCAGUAUCAUAUCAGAAUAUAGAAACUGUCAUUGAUCUGGUACAGGACUAUGGUUUAAACUGUCUCAUGAGUAAAGCAGACAUUCUAGAGGCUUUUCGUUUGGUACCUGUACAUACAUCAGAAUAUCAUCUGUUGGGGUUUAAGUGGCAGAAUUUAUUUUAUUAUGAUGCAGCAUUACCCAUGGGAGCAUCUUCAUCUUGUCAACUUUUCGAAUGUUUUUCUACCGCUCUUCAAUGGAUUUUAAAUAGAAAAUUUGAGAUAAAGGGUAUAUCACAUUUACUAGAUGAUUUUUUUGUGGGUAAAGCUGAGACGAAUGAAUGUUCCAUUGCUUUAAAUACAUUUCUAGCAUUAGCUGAAAAAUUGGGUGUUCCUAUCAAAGAUGAAAAAACUCAAACCCCUACUACAUGUAUUACAAUUUAUGGGAUUGAAAUUGAUUCACAAUCAAUGAUAGCUCGUUUACUUCAAGAUAAUAUAGAAAAGGUUUUAGGUUUACUAAAAAUAUUGAAGGUAAAAAGGAAAGUGACUUUGCGAGAAUUACAAUCAUUAUUGUGGUUGCUAAAUUUUGCAUGUAGUGUGAUUGUCCCUGGGCGUGCAUUUUUGCGAAGAUUAUUUGAUUUAACUUUGGGACAUACAUGUCCUCAUUUUAAAAUCACUCUAAAUUCAGAAGCCAGGGCAGAUCUCAAAGCUUGGUAUGAAUUUAUAUGCAACUUCAAUGUAAAAUCUUGUUUCUUGUUCAAACAGUGGGUGUCAUCAGAAUCUUUGAAACUUUAUUCUGAUCCUGCUGGGGUGUAUGGUGGUUUUGCAGCAGUUUUUGGCAAUACAUGGUUCUCCGGCGAAUGGCUUCCUGAGUUGAAAGAUUUGCAUAUCACCGUUAAGGAGCUUUUUCCCAUUGUUCUUUCAAUUGAGAUUUGGGGUAAAAACUUAGUAAAUCAUAAAGUUUUAUUUAUGACGGACAAUCAGGCUGUUGCAGACAUUAUAAAUAAAACAUCAUCUAAAGACAAAAAUCUGAUGAAAUUAGUUCGUCGUCUGGUCUUGUCAGCAAUGAAGUUUAAUAUUCACUUUAGGACUAAACACAUAGCGGGAAAAACAAAUGUGGUCUGUGAUUUGCUAUCUCGUUUUUCUUUUCAGGAAGCCCACCAAAUUGCUCCCUGGUUAAAUCUAAUUCCAGUUACGGUCCCACUGCAUCUCUUGAAUCUGUAACAGCACAAGACGUUGCGCAAGAUAUUGAGUCUCAAAUGGUAACGUCAAAUUUUUACGUUUUAUGGCGAUUAAUGAUUAUUGGCGAUAAUUUGUUUAUUUCGCUUGCAAUUUUUGUUUUGCACAUCAAUAUAGAUACUUCUUAAUGUUUGGUUGUACUGAAUAUGCAUGAAAUAUUUCCCAUUGAAAGUUACGUAAGCAACAAACAACAAAAUAUAUCGUAUUUGGGUAAUGCAUAAGUCUAUAUGAAAUGAGAAGAUAUGUAUACGGUAUGAUGAGUGCCAAUGAGACAACUCUCUACCAGAGACCAAUUGACAUAAAACGUAAUAAUAUGCAAUGUUUCCCCAUUUAGAUCCGAAAGGAAGAAGAUAUAUAUUUUGCUUUAAUUAAAACAGUUUGUCGGGAAUUACAAGUUAAACGGGUCUUGCUUAUAAAAUUCACUUUACUUUCUUUAAUUACGGAACAAUUAGAUAAAGAAAUGAAACGAUUGUCAGAAAAAAAAGGUUUUUUAUAUUCAUCUCAUAUGUUUACAAGCUUUGUAUGAUGUGGAGAGGUAUAUAUAUAUAGCCACACUUCAGGCCCAAUUUUAUUUUCACUUUCAAGUUCUAAACAUAUGAAUCUUAUUGCAGAGAAAUAAAAAAAAAUUCGCAGUUUUACGCUUCCUAAAUUUGAAAAUUUGAAAAAGAUAAUUUUUAUCCUCUUGUAAUACACAACUUUUUCACAGCUUAAGAACCUCAUCUAAACGAACAACCCCAUUCAUCGGAUUUUUUUUUAUACUUUGUGGUCUUGUUGAUAGUAUCUGACUAUCAAGAAAAUUCUAUCUGAGGAUCCACCAAAAAUAGCGUCCCGAAUCGACAACGUUGAAAACGUAUGAAAAUUGUCCAGUGGACAAACUUGCAAGACAUUUCAUUUCUUUGAAAAAGAAGUUGUGUUGAUUACUCAAAUUAUCAAAAAUUAUGUAGCUGUUUUGUAGAGUUAAAGUACAAUUACGGAAAAGCACUAUUUAGCAUGCAACAAAUCUAAAUUUUCAAUAAAUAACGUCGCAAAUGACAGUUUAUUUGUAAAAAGCGGCGAAAUCCGACAUUGGACAUCUUGCAAGACAUUUGCCAGAAGCCGUUGCAUUUUUAUAUGUGGUGUGAGUGCUGCAAAAAUUCGAUUUUGAUAUGGUCUAUCUAUGUACUUUGGUGAGCAUAAUUUACACAAACGAAAUUUCAUAUAAUCUUAUAUUUUAAAACCUAUAAAUUUUGAUAACUUAACAUUUUCCUAAAUCUGACCAUAAUGAACACUAUUUGUUUUUGCCAAAAAAAUAGCGUUGGUCGUUACAGGAACGCAUAUUCAGUAAUAUUGUAAUACUUUAUAUAUAAAGCAUAUCAUUCAUUCGAAUUUUCGCGGAUAUAACACUGUUUUGAAGAACACAAACACCCCUGCUAAAGUUAUUAUGCGCAUAGUCUGUUACGUCUGACAUGCAUUUUUUUGACGUUUUGUCAAUAUGUUGUCCUUAUUUUAGACUGUUGUAAAAUAUGAUAAAACAAUUUGUAGUUUUUUUUUCGGAAUAGUAUUUACCUGUCUAGUCCAUGGAUAUAAAUUUUAUAUAACUUAACUGUUAUGAUUUUAUAGAAAAGCUGUUUAUUAGUGUGGACUGGUUGAUUACACGGUAUUGACGCAAUAACGUGCGUAACGUCACAACUAUUACAAGCUUCAUUAUCACAUUCAACAAGGCAAUCUUAUAAAAGGAUGCUGAAUAUAUUCCAGCAAUUGUGUAAAGAACAAUUUCCUUUAGUCCCACCAUUUCCAUCUACAAACAUUAUGAUAGCACAUUUUAUUUCAUUUCUUUUCUUAAAGAAUUAUCAGCCAUCUACUAUAGCAUCCUACAUCAGUUUUGUUCACAAACUUAAUUUUUGAAGUGAUCCUACAGAUUCAUUUUUCAUUAAGAAAAUUAUUAAAGGGGCCCAAAAUCUAAGAAGUUCAAGUGAUAAUAGAUUGCCAAUCACAAAAGAAAUCUGAUCAUCACAGUGGGUAACCCCUUAUCAAUAUCGUAAUAUGAAACUUGGAAAUUUCCAUAGCCACUGUUUAGGUAUUAUGCAAUUCUUAAUCAAAUGCAAUCAAGGUCAACAUGGUCAUCUCAUGAUCAUGGUGUAUAUUAGUUGCAAUUGGCUAUUUAUAAUUAGAGUGACCAAUCAGGAAACCGCGCAUGAUAGCAUCAUUGCAUGUGAGGGGACGCUUGGUCAUUUACGAUUUCGUUUUGAAAGCUGCCAGACGCCAUUUUGUGAUUUCAAGAGAGAAAGCCAAUUCUGAUAACCCACCCUUCCACACCUUUGAAAGUAUUAUUUAUAUCAUAGGUAUAUGUAUAUGUUUUUGUUUGUUUGUUUUGUUUUGUUUUUUCUCAUUGUAUAACAUAUUGUAUUCUUUGUACUGGCGGGUUUAAUUCGCCAUCUUUGCUAAUUUUUUGUCAUUUACUCAGAUUUGGAUUAUUGCAUAAAUUGCAUAAUUGAUUAUAUAAUACAGAAUAUUAUGAUUUUAUGGUAUUUUGAAUAAAUGACCGUUAAAGUGAUUUCCUUUUGCAGAACCUCAAUGUAAAAUUUACGUCAAACAAUAAUGAUAUUAUUAGCAGCCUUAUCAGCCGGGACAAAAAUCAAUUCCUUGGCAAGUCCUUUUAGCUUCUAUAUUAUUAAAUGAGAAGACCUCAUUUUGUGUGUCGCUUCUCUUCCUUCCACAUUAAAUCAAUCACCAUGCUUUUAUGUCCUAUAGGUACCAUGCAUAGUCGCAUUUGUCAUCCUCGCUUAUAAAUAUUUCGUUUGGGUUUUUUUGGGAGAAAAACGAAAAUAAAGACGUCCGGAUAUUGUUUCCGUCCUCGGACUGACUUUUAUGUCAUAGAUAAGACUUCCGUUUAGGACUUAAACUUACACAUUAUUUUCAUAGGUACAAGGGGACAGGACAAUUAUUUUCGCGUUUUUCUGUAUACUAUGAACAAACAUACAUGUAUACUAUAUAAAUACAGUGCAUUUGCUAUUUGCAGAGAAAACAACAAAAAAAUAACGGACUUUGGAAAAAGGGGGAGGGCUAAAAAUAUGGUACUGUCCCCAAGUACCUUUGACUUUUGAUAACUUUCCUGAAAUACUCCAGUCAAAUAUCUUUUACAAAAAUUCAUCCUUCAACAGUUUACAUACCAUCAACAACGCUCUAAUUGCCCGCGAUUUCGCGGGUGUGUUCUAGUAUGUUUGAUACGAGAAAUAGGGCUAUUAUGGUUGUUGUUAGGAGUAAAAUGUUUGUUGUAUACGUAUA